AUGCUGGUAGCUGACCCCGCGACAUUGCUGGAACACCUGUUUGCCAUCAUCAAGGCAACCGAGAAGCUGGAGCGUGCGUACGUGCGCGAUGAUGUCACGGCGGCCGACUACGAGGGCGCGUGUGAGAAGCUCAUUGCGCAGUUCAAGGUGCUGUGGGGCUCCAUGAGGGACGCGGUGCCCAGCGUCGAGACGUUCAUGCAGCAGUAUCACAUGCAGUGCCCCAUGGCUUGGAACCGCCUCGUGAAGGUGGGCCUGCCUGCCACAAUCGAGCACCGCAAGCGGCCGGUGGAGGGGGGCGGCGGCGGCGCACGCGCGGUGGCUGAGACUGUGCAGCACUUCAUCACCGCCAUGGACAGCCUCAAGCUCAACCUGGUGGCAGUGGACCAGAUCUGCCCGAUCUUGUCGGACCUCAUCUCCUCGAUGUCCAAGAUCGCCAGCCUGCCACCCGAGUUUGCUCCCAAAGCAAAAGCCAAGAACUGGUACAGCCGCCUGUACCAGCAGCCGGCCAGCUACGAGCUGUCGGAGGACGAGGUGCGGCAGCUGCUGUUCGACCUCGAGUCCAGCUACAACGAAUUCAUAUCGACCAUUAAGUAG